UUGCUACAUAAUGCUGCCCUUCUGUCCUGUUCUGUCCACCACUCUCCUCUCUCACCACCCACCAACCUCAUUCCCCCAACAACCCAUUCAAACUCAAUACCAUGUCUUCUCCUGCUUCCGUCGAUGCUGCUGGUCAGCCCUCGAUUCUCAUUAACAUGACGACUGGUAUUGAGCUUGAGUUCCUCGCCUAUACCCCAAAGAAUGUCAAGCCGAAGGCUUAUCUCUUGAAGGCUUUGCGCGCACCUGUCACUUUGAAGUGCUCCAAAUGCGCCGCUUCGCACUCCUGGGAUUUGCCGUUCGCGGGAAAACUGGACCAUCAAGGUGAUGUUUCCCCGUUCUGUCUCUGGAGCCUCACCAGUGACAUGUCAGUUGUGCCAUGUCGCAAGACCGAGGAGCCAUACGUUCCCAAGGACUCGGCAUGGUACAACAUGGAGCUCAAGAGCAGAAUUAUCAACUUCGCCAGACCGACUACUUGUCCUCUUGGUCAGACUUACCCCUGUACCGGUGAGCCUUUCCUUUGGGAUGCCAACACCGAGAUCAGUGCUUUCGUUCAAAGAAUCCACGAAGCUUUCUCGGGUCCUGGUUACUGUGUUGCUACCAAUGGACUCACAGGUCUUCAUAUCCACCUUGGCAACUUCAAGGACAUCAUGCCGGUCAAGUCUUCCCUCGGCAUGUUCAGCCUCUGGACCGCCUUGGAACGCAUCUUUGAUGAAGUUCUCCCAGUCUCUAGAAUCGGUAUGGAAAAAGUCGCUGGUCCUCUGCCCGGUAUCGACAGACCUCAUGCCGUCUACAAAUACGACGACGCCCUAUCGAGCGACUGGGUUGGCUCUUGUUCUAGAGUCUUCCUUGAGAUGCUUCGAAGGGAUGUCAAGAAGGCCUUCGAGAAAGGUCCCGAGUCCGCCCGCUCCACUAUCAUUGAUCAAUUGAAGAGCUGCAAUGUUCCAGCUUGGCUCGCCUAUAUCUCUACCUUCGACACAGUCAAGCUCUUCCGAGACACUUGGCCAUCCAACCAAACCGCUGGCACUUGGCUCUCCCACCGUAGUCUUGCAGUGAAUCUAACGAAUCUCGAGAUUGGCUAUGGCAAUAAGGACACGGUCGAGAUAAGAGCUGCACCUGGCUCUCUUGACCUUUCCGAAAUCAGCGCUUGGUACGAUUUGAUGGUAUACUUGACCUCGCUAAACAAGUCGGUGCUUUGCAAUUCACAAUCGACUUCUACGCUGAUCGUCUGACUGCCGAUUGGGCUCAACGCCGCUUUGAUCAUCUGACCUCUAAUCUCGACUCCAACACCUUCAAGUCCUUCAUUCACGCUAUUGAGUCCAACCGCCUUCACGAUUACCGCAGUCA